AUGUCAAACACAUGGAUAUAUAAAUUGUUAUCAUCACUAAUAACAUUGUUGAUAAUUUCAUCUUGUGUCUAUGUAUGUGAAGGUCAAGCAGAGAUGGCGACGGCUCUUCCUCCGGCCGCAGAAACAUGUAACGGAGUUUAUAUUUCCUACACACUACACGACCGAAGGAAGGAAUUUCCCCGUGUCAAGAAUGUCACGGCGCAAUCAUGGGCCUUUAAUGCGACCGCAACGGUUCUCAACACGGGGAAAGAUGUUCUUAAAUCAUGGAAGUUGUUUAUAGGAUUUCAACACGAUGAGAUCCUUAUCUCCGCCAACGGAGGUAUCCCGUUUACAGCGGGAGAGUUUCCCGCGGAAGUCGGAAAUGGGACAACCUUAGUUGGAAGCAAUUUACCAGAUUUAGAAACUUCUAUUAAUACAGCUAAUGAUUUGAACCAAAUUCAAGCAUUGAUUGAAAUUUCUGGUACACAGUUUGGAAUUAAGCCACCUGGAGUUCCAAUGCCUAAAACCAUCAAGUUGGAAAAUGAUGGAUAUAUGUGCCCUCGACCAACGACGCGUAAGAGAACCAUGCAGGCAUGUUGUAAAAGGGAUCCAAAAGCCAAAAAAAAAGUUAUAAAGACAAAAUUCAUACCACGUCAAAAAGGUGACCUAACAAUAUCCUAUGAUGUUCUUCAAUCAUAUGACAACAACUAUCUUGUUGAAGUAACAAUGGAGAAUCAUAGUCCUUUAGGACGUUUAGAUCGUUGGAACCUAACAUGGGAAUGGACAAGAGGUGAAUUCAUACAACAAAUGAAAGGCGCAUUCCCGCGCGAGAUGGAUUAUUCAGGUUGCGUCUAUGGUCCUCCUGGACAACAUUACAGAGACAUGGAUUUCUCUCAAGUUUGGAAUUGUCAAAAACAUCCUGUGAUCAGUGAUAUGCCACCAGAAAAAUAUAAUGAUACUGAUCUUGGUAAAAUACCCUUUUGUUGUCGAAACGGUUCGCUUUUACCUAUAAUCAUGGAUCCAUCACAAUCCAAAUCCAUUUUUCAAAUGCAAGUUUUUAAAUCUCCACCUGAUCAUUUGGAUAAAACUUCUCUUUUUCCACCAGCAAAAUGGAAAGUAACUGGUGUUCUUAACCCGGCUUAUGUUUGUGGACCGCCGUUGAAAGUCCAACCGACGAUAUUUCCAGACAAAAGAGGACUGGAUGCUAUAACCUAUGCUGUUGCAAGUUGGCAAAUAGUUUGCAAUAUAACAAAACCUAAAUAUAGAACAACUAGAUGUUGUGUUUCCUUUUCUGCUUUCUAUAAUGAAUCUGUUGUUCCAUGCAACACGUGCGCAUGUGGUUGCGAUGAAGACGAAGAUAAUGGCCGUUGUAACCCUAAUGCAAAAUCAAUGUAUUUACCUUCAGAAGCACUUCUUGUUCCUUUUGAAAAUCGAACGAAGAAGGCGAUUGCUUGGGCUAAGUUAAAGCAUUUUUAUGUGCCUAAGAAGUUACCAUGUGGUGAUAAUUGUGGAGUUAGCAUAAACUGGCAUGUAGCUUCUGAUCAUAAAGGUGGUUGGAGUGCAAGAAUCACUUUGUUUAAUUGGAGGUCAUUUUUUUUCAAGGAUUGGUUCACUGCCUUGCAGUUCAAGAAAGGUGUUUCUCAUGGUUUUGAGCAAGUUUAUUCUUUUAAUGGAACUUUUCUUAGAAAAUUCAACAAUACUAUUUUCAUGCAAGGAGUAGAAGGAGCAAACUAUUUGAUAGGUUUAGAUAAUGAUACAAAUCCAAAGGUUCCUGGAAAACAACAAUCUGUUAUUUCUUUUACAAAAAAGUUUAUGCCAAAUAUGAGAAUAGCUAAAGGUGAUGGCUUUCCUACAAAGGUGCUUUUCAAUGGAGAAGAGUGUUCCAUUCCAACUCAUAUUCCUAUCAGUGGAAACCAACAUAGUGUAUAUUUAGUACAACAAGUUUUAAUCUUAGUUUUAGCUUUUACAAUGAUUCAAAUAUUGUAUUAG